AUGGCUUCGCGCACAUCUUCAAUUAAGCGCCCAACACUCUCUGAAUACCUCCGGUAAGUCCCAUUUCAUCUCUCGCUUAUUCCUGACUUUUUCUGAUUUGAAUACACCAGAAUGAUAGAUGGUCCUAAAGUCGACAUAUUCGUUGGACCGACACGAAAGCACCUUUCACUUCCGAAACAUUUGCUUUGCCACUACAGUAAAUAUUUCGAUGCAUGCUUCAAUGGGGAAUUCCGAGAGGCAAAAGAACAGAAGCUCGACCUCCCUGAGGACAAAUGGCGAUAUUUCGAGGCUCUCUCUUGGAUGUCAUAUUACAAGGUAACACCACACCAAGAUUCGGAAGCCAGUACUUGGACGCCUUGAAAGCUAUGGAUGCUUUGUCUGCCCCAAAAGAUGCUACCAAGUCCCCCAAAGCCCUGAAGAAUGAAUGCCUUGAACUCCUUCAGUACGCCGAUAAAUACGAUCUUGGCGAUAUGGCAUCUGAUAUGGUUUACGACUGCCUGUAA